AUAAACCAUGAACGUGUAUAUACUACUUAACACGUUCCUGAUCUAAUUUCAAGAUCGUGGACGCAGAAAGGGCAGCAUGCUGAUUGUUUUGAUUUGCACCAUAACACUGUUUGUUCCAGCUUUAGGAAGUGACGCACCUUGUCACAACAUCGGGGGUACCUGCCAGGAUGACCACCUUCAUUGUUCCGGAAGUUACCAUACCGGGUUGUGUUCCGGCGGAACGCAUCGACGAUGCUGUUCCCAUUCCUCGGCAGCAGGUACCGACAGUGGGAUGUGUUCUCAUGUCAAAGUUUACUCACGUGCCAGCUGGGGAGCCAGAGCCCCAAAGCACGUGACUACAAUGCACACUCCCGCCAGUCUCUUCUUCGUGCACCACACGGAAGGAAAUUUCUGUCACGAUUUUGCUUCCUGUGCAACACAGAUGCGCGGCAUCCAAAACUAUCAUAUGGACUCGAGAGGUUGGUCAGAUAUCGGCUACAGCUUCCUUGUGGGUGAAGAUGGCGCCGUGUAUGAGGGUCGAGGCUGGCAUCACGUGGGAGCACACACACAGGGUUACAACAGCCGAGGGUUCGCCGCCUCCGUCAUGGGAAGUUUUAUGCACCGAAAACCCAACGACGCUGCACUAAACGCUAUCAAGAAUCUGAUUCAGUGCGGGAUUGAUCACGGUUACAUCACUUCCGGUUAUAGUCUUUACGGACAUCGUGAUGUGGGAUCCACCGAUUGUCCAGGAGAUGCUCUGUACAGUGAAAUCAGGACGUGGCCACAUUACAGCACACACCAUCCUUAAACUUGGCAGACUCUUAAACUUAACCACCUGACUCCGAUAACUAUAAUAGAACAAGCCUUGCUAUCUUUUGUAAUAAAAAUCUAACUGCGUGCAA